ACAUGAUGGAUCAUGCUUUAAAACAUACCCGCAUAUUCUAGGUAACUUAUCAAGAGGAUGGAUGUCAUGGAAAGGUUGGGUUUAGGGAAACCACUCACAAGACACACCAUUCGAGAGCGAUCCACAGUAUUUUCAACUGUACAGGCAUUUAGACACACGACACUGGCCAAGCACGACGCCCACAACAAUUAGAGGUUAAACAGGGGACCCAGUACCGGGAGAGAAAAGCCUUUCCGCGGCUGUGUCCCAGAACAAACUAAAAGAGAGGGUUCUCGUCCAGCAGAAUAGCAACAGAGGAGACCCUUCGACCAUCCCGCCGUUAAGCAUACUGCCGUGACCUCCACCUACUGUGUUGUUCUGUCCUGUACUGUGCCAUCCCCUAGGUACCUACCUAAGUACCUACCUACCUAGACGUAGGUACCUCUCGGAGUAAAGGUUCAGUGCCCAAGCCUCAACCACCAAUUCAACUACCACCAAGACCUCGUCGCUCAUCGUCUCGACUCUCCCUUCCAACCACGACUCAAACUCUCCUUUUGCGCAUCCGCUCCAUGCUCUAAUGCCCAUUGCAAGGCAAUUUUAACGAUACGCGAGCUGGACGACGCUCUAGAUCAUUGCAUCUGGAUUUUUUCCCUUUCUCUAUAGACCCCGCGAGGUAAAACCACUCGAACCCCAUCGUCUUUCGCUUUCUUCGCCCGUUUUCCUGACAGUGUUUUCGUUGGAGCCGCCUUUUCGCUUCUCCUCACACAACUGCUCGGUUUGGCCUCCCUACUAUUUCUCCUCUCUCCCUUUAUCUUUUAUACUCCCAAGCACACAGUACUCGCCGGAAAUCUAUCUAGUGGAUCAGAAACAGCUCUACAUAUGAAUGUAUGCAUACAGUUACUAACCUUCGCAGCAUUGAGUCAGAAGUGAGCCUUUCGCAAGUUUACUAUAGCUUUGGCCUUGGCCCAGCAGACCCAGCCCAGCUCCAUAAGGUAGUCAUCGUAUCGCCCGACUAUUGCAUUGAUCUCCUCAAGCUAUCGCAAAGCCUCUGAUGAUAUACUGCUUAUAUCUUUUCUCUCUCCCAUUUGCUUCUGAACAGAGAGACUUUACAGCGCUUGGGAGGCUAACAUCGGCGUCUAAUUCAGAGUCACGAAUUCGCUUCCCGUCCUUCUGCGACCCCAAACGAAAUAUUCACAAUCACCCCACAUCGUCACUUGAGUUUCUUUCUGGAUACCUGAAUGGUGGCCGAGCUUUGUUAAACUUGGCUCUCUUUUAAGAAUUUACAUAACGACUGGAGCGUUCCUGAAUAUGCCCGUUCCGAAGAAGGAUGGAAUAGCUGGUGGGGGGUCUGGGGGCAAACAGAAUGGAGGCCGGGCUGCAUUCCGAACCGAUACUGCCAUCUCCAAAAAUCGAUUCGGUAACGAGCGGGUUCUUCAACCUUGGGUCCCCGAUUCGAACGAUUCUUUCAAUGGUAGCCUUGAGAAGUCUAGCGGUAGCGGUAAUUGGGACCAGUUCGCCGAGAACGAGAGGCUCUUUGGACUGAAAACCAAUUACGAUGAGAACUUCUAUACUACCACUAUUGACAAAAACCACCCAGAAUACAGAGAGAGGAUAGCUGCAGCAGAUAGGAAGGCGCGCGAAAUUGAACGCAGCGCGCCCACUACUGCUCACGUGGCUGAGGAACGUAUCAUGGACUACGUCGGCGGAGAUGAUGGAGGUGAUGAAGAGGACAAAUACAGCGGUGUUCGGCGUCAAGACUUCCCGCCUCUGUCUGCUGGGCGUGAGAACAAGUACACUCCACCAGCCAAGCGGGCACCCGCGGCUCAAUCUAGUGUCAAAGGCGCCCCUAUUGACCCUGCAAUCAUUUCUUCCCAGAUCAAAGCACCGCCCAAGAAACAGGCUCUGUCAGCCUCUGAGGAGUCCAAGGUUCAGUCCUCCGACGCUAUCAAGAACGGAUCAAUUCCGAAAACCGAUGCGCCGAAGGCUCCGACAGAAGUCAAGGUCACAGAGCCCUCGAUCAAUGAAUCAAAGCCUGCUACUGGAAAGGGAGCUGAGACUAAGCCAAGCGACACCGCCAAAGCUGCCCCGGCUCCUGGAAGUCAGGCUGCUCCUACUCCCAGUGCUACCUCCACAGUUGAACACGAUGUGUUGAAGGAAUUCAAAACAUUUGCUAGCCAGCAACGACAGAACGCCGAGAAGGCUAGAAGCAACAAAGCCAAGCAGGACAAGGAGGUCAAGUUGACAGAGUUGAAGAAGUUUGCCAACUCUUUCAAACUCUCGACCCCAGUCCCUACAGAUCUAGUCUCCAUCAUAGCCAAGGACCCCCUCAAGCAACAAGAAAUCCAAGCUAAGGCUAUCAAAAAUGCCGAGGAGGUGGCCAAGGCCAAGGCUACUGCCGUGACUAAGGAGAAGGCUGUUCCAUCAAAAGACUCACAGGCUAAAGUGUCUGGUCAAGGUGCCGCGGCUGGUGCAUCUGCUCCUCCCAGUGAUACCCGAGCAGCCCGUGGUCCUGUCGGUGCUCAGCCUACACCUGUAGCCGGGGGACAACCUCGCCAUCCUGGUGCUCGCCAACAGUAUGCUCAGCAGCCCUAUCAUGGGCAGCAAUAUCGAAACAACCGUCCCCAUGUGCCUCCACAACAACAAACUGGCACUCUGGCCCAACGAUUACGCAAUGUUGAACAACAAAAAUACUCUCAGCCUCCUGCAGCCCAUCAGGGACAUACGCCCAGUCAGGAAACCCGUGCUCCUCCAACAGGGCCAGCUAGCGGUGUCGAAGCUGGCUAUAACCGACGCCUCAGCGGCAACCCCAGCCAUAUGGGCGCAAAGCUGAACCCGAAUAGCCACGAAUUUAGGCCCAGCCCGUUCGCGGCUGCUUUCAAUCCCAAUAGCCACGCCAGUGCAACCUCGAGUCCUCGAUCUGCUGCUAACAAUGUUGACGCCCCAGCAAGCAGUGGCGUUUCCGAUGGUCAGCUCAUCCGUCGUAAGACAAAGGCCAUUGAUGUCAAGAAAUGUUAUAUACUGUCUCAUAUCCAGACCUUGACACCUCCUCAAGGGAGAAACUGGGACGAAAACGCCGGCCUGCGCCCAUCCUUCGAUACACUACCUACCUGGCGGCAGCUCCAAGAUAAUGAGAAGCCUGAGUCAACGAUGCAUUUGACUUAUAAAGAAUACUUCGAACGCCAGCCAUUUGGCGGCCCUGCGUUGGCUACCCCGAACCCUCAACAUGUUGUCCCUCAAAUUCCACACCAACAUCAACUACCAUUCCACCUCCAGCAAGGCGCGAACAUGGCUCCUCGGGGCUCGCCUCAUAUGCCCCCUAUGCAGAUGCACACGCCUCAGCAUGGUCAUGUUCCCCAUCCGCCAUAUGGAAACGACGACCACCGCAUGAUGCACUCAAACUCAGCUCAGUCUUUUGCUUCACCCCGCCUCGGCAACGUGCCUGUAGCCUACAAUUCGCCGCAAGUACCAUACAACCAGGCAGUCUUCAUCGGACCCGGCACGCCUCAGAUGAAUCAGUUCCGCAAUUUCUCUAAUAAUCAUCAAUACAUGAGUCCUCAGCAAGGUCAGAUGGGUGGUCCAUUGAUGAUGCCGCAACAAUUUAUCCCUGGACCUCAAGGAAUGGUUCCUGGCCCGCAGAUGAUGUAUCCUGGAGGACACCCGCAAUUCAUGCCUCCUUCUGGACCUCAGCCAGUCCCUGGUGUCAAUGGCUAUCCCAGCCCUGGUCGUCCCGCGGCGCCGAUGAUGGCGCACCAGGGGUCACAACAAGGCCAACCCAUGUAUGGAAUGAGCCCAAAUGUGCAGUACAACCAGCCUGUUUUUAACCCAGGCCAGCAAGGCGGUCCAAUGAGGGGCGGUUAUAGUAGCCCUGUGCCUCAACACUUUGGCACAAGCCCACAGCAGGGCCACCAGUAUGGCGGGCAGCACCGAGGCGGCAAUGCCUAUAGCAAAGGAUAUGGCGGUCAAGGAACGCACCAGACCCCCCAAGCUAACCACGCUGUGCCUGCCACCAGCCAUCCUCGACCUUCGGAGGCUUCAGAAGAAGCCAAAUAAAGUCUCAGACUCAGCAUUGGGUUUCCUCUUCGCCUUCACAUAAAAUAAAGUGCAGCACUUAGCACGGCCUUUCUGGGCGGCAGCCUUACCGAGAUUGACCUCAACGCACUUUUCUCGGAGUUUGAGCUCCGUCAAGAUAACAGUGUGUGUGCCAUUGCAUACGAGCUUCAAUAUAGGAACGACAGAGCUUAGAUGAGAGGGGGCCUAAGCCUCGGAUGGCCCAAGUAUCUGGGCUAGCAAGUACGUCAUUCGGUUGACGGACGGUGCAACUCGAUGGAUGGUGUCAACUAUGGAAGGGAUGAAACUACAUUGAUAUUAUCCAUCUACUAUCACAUUGACUAGAUGGCAAUGAUGUUUGGUUGUACUUUGGCAACAAUGGACAAAUGGGGCGUCGGAAUAUCCGCCUCUGUUCCCCGUGCUUCCUCGAGCGGACAAGCAUCGAGAAAGCGUGGUCGGACAGGCUAGGCCGGUAGCCUAGUAAACUUGGGUGCGGGGACAGCAACAGCAAGCAUCUAGACUAGCAACUUUCGAAACCCGAGGUGAUCUGAGCGGUAGUAGGUGAGGCCUAGGUGUGGAUUUCUAUUGCCUAGGUAAUAGCGGACGUUUGGUAGGGGAAUGACUUGGUGCACAUCCAGUGGCAAACCCCAGAGCUAAGUGCAAUGCCACCAUUGAGAAUGUCCCAGUGGUUUCUAAAUAGUUUAGCCUUAAAAUCUUUGACAGUAUUUGCUAAAGGUAGCGACAAGUAGAGCAGUUAAAGAAUCAGAGUCGUCUGGUUGUGAGGAAAGGGGUUGAGCAGUCGAGUUGACAAGAUCAAGCGACGCGACGCAAAGGCACUCGCCCAUCAACCAUUGUUUUACCAUUUACAACGUAGCACAAGUAGUCAUAUGUUAAAAGAGACAAGGGACUAUGUCCAUGUUAGUUUCGCCUGUACAAGCA